AUGGAAGUGGUACAGGUUGCACAAUAUGAAAGUGAUUUAUCGGAUGAAGUUGUCGAAGAAAAUAAUGAUUUAAAUCAAAAUAAAAAAGUCAAGAAGAAGAGAAGAUCUAAGCAUUGGGUUAAAGAAGCUACAUUUGAUAAUGCUGAGGAAGCAGAAGAAUCAAUUGAAAAUAUCUGUGCAAGUAUUCAUCUGUUAUAUCAUGCAGACAGUGAUCAAGUGACUGUUUAUAAAACUGAAGGUGAACACGAUCAUCAUGAUGAAAAAGUUCGUGGUAUUGAUGAAAAUGUUAAAAAGUGCAUUGAAGAAUUAUAUAAUGAUGAACAAUGGUGUGAAGGUAAUGUAGAAGUGCCAAUUGAUGAAAAUAAAGCUUUUGCUGUAUCAUACAAAAUAUUAUAUGAUAAUGAAGAAUAUGAAGAUAAUGAAGAUAUCGAAGAAGAUGGAAAUAAAUUCCAUAUAUUUAUAUCAUCUGUUCGUUUGCUCAACAUUGCAUCAAUAUCGUCACAUUUACAUGCUGAUGCUACAUAUAAAUUAGUUUGGCAAGGUUUUCCUGUUUUAAUUGUUGGUACUACUGAUUUUAACAAAGCAGUUCAUCCAUUUGGUUUAGCAGUAUGUUCAAAUGAAACCAUUAAAGAUUUUGAAUUUAUCUUCAAUAGUAUUCAGGUUGGUAUGCAAAAAAUAAAUAAAGAUUUACUAAAACCAACAGCAUUGAUAUCUGAUGCUGCUGAUGCAAUUAAAAAUGGUUUUACAAAUAUAUUCGGUUCUUCUUAUAAUCAAAUAAUGUGUUGGGCGCACAUGAAAAGAAAAGUUAACAAUCGUGUAUGUCAAAUAGAUGACAAACAUAUUGCAAAAGAAAUUAUAGAAGAUAUUGAAAUGCUCCAAUUAUCUAAUUCUACAGAAGUAUUCAAAUUAGCAUCAACAUUAUUUGUAAAGAAAUGGAAUAUGAACAACAAACAAAAAAAUGAAUCAAUAUUAGAUUUUAUGAAUUAUUUUUACAAUGAAUGGCUUAAAACAAAUGAUGGUUGGUAUGAAGGUAUACAAGUUUAUACACCAAGCACAAACAACGCUUUAGAAGCAACCAACAGAACAAUUAAAGAUGAUGGAACAUUCAGAGAACGUCAUAUUUUAUCAAGAUUUUUGACAAUAGCUUCGAAUAUUGUCAAUAAUUGGUCAAUUGAACGAGAUAUCACAUCAAUCAAAGGAAAAAUAUUUGCUACUGAACCAACAAUAUCUUUAGAAUUAUGGACUUUAUCUUAUCAAUGGGCUAAAUCAACAAAAGAUAUAAUUUGUAUUUCUAAUGAUUCUUCAAAAACAUAUUAUAUACCAGCUCGUGAUUUACAAUCAAUAUCUCAAGCCAGUUUAAAUAAAUAUAAAAAUAAAACAUGGUCAACAUUUAAUCAAUUCACAAAAUCAUUUGAUAUUUGGUGUAUGGAAAUGGAUAAUGGUUCAGAUUGGAGAAAAUCAAAAUGUAGCUGUCCAGGUUUUUUUAAGAAUUACAUAUGCAAGCACGUUGUUGGUAUGGCUAUUCGUUUAAAAUAUUGCAAACCACCACCAUCAGCAAAAACAGUUCCCAUCGGUGAGAAAUGA